AUGAACAACGCGGUGUACGGGAAGACAAUGGAAAACGUGCGCGAGCACGUUGACGUGCGUCUUGUGACGCGUUGGAAGGGAAGGUACGGAGCGGAAGCGCUAAUUUCAAGACCGAAUUUCCACAGUAGAAGCAUUUUCUCCGAGGAUCUGAUGGCCGUUGAGUUACGGAAACUGGAGGUAAAGCUCGUGAAACCAAUCUACGUUGGCAUGGCCAUUCUGGAGAUAUCAAAAACGCGAUUAUACGAUUUUCAUUAUGAUUAUAUGGUGCCCUUGUAUCGCGGUGUGUGUAAGGUAAUGUAUACAGAUACGGACAGUCUGAUUUAUUUCGUCGAAUGUGACGAUAUUUAUGAGGACAUGAAACGCUCCAUUGAAAGAUUCAACACGAGCGACUAUGCCGAGAACAACGCGUACGGUAUGCCGCGCGCGAACAAGAGCGUUCCGGGUCUGAUGAAGGAUGAGAAUCGUGGCGCGAUUAUGAUAGAAUUCGUAGGUUUGAGAGCGAAGAUGUAUGCCGUGAGAGUGCUCGGAAUGAGCGACACGAAAAAGAUAAAGGGUGUAAAGAGAAACGUAGUCGAGAGAACGAUAACGUUCGAUGAUUUCAUGCAAUGUUUGCGCGAUAUGACGGAGCAGUCGAGAUCGCAAUUCUGCGUGCGGUCGAGACUGCAUGAGGUGUACACCGUUUCCGAAACGAAACUCGCUCUCAGUCCUCACGACGUCAUGCUCGAAUCCUACGAUACUUUGCCUUGGGGACAUUACAGGGUGCCAUAA